AUGUUCCCCCUGCUGAUUCUUUUCAUUGGUAACCUCGUGCAAGUCCUCAAGGAUUUCAAUCUUGGCACAAUACCGCAAGAACAGCUCAGUGAGCAGAUUCGCGAUAUUGCUCUCUACAUUGUCUACCUUUUCCUCGGUCAGCUGGUCUCCGUCUUCAUCUUCACCAACGGCUGCCUUCUCGUCGGCGAGGCCAUCACCAAUGCCAUUCGCGAAAAGUAUGUCCGCUCCCUCUUCCGGCAGAACAUUGCCUUCUUCGACACCUACGGAUCCGGUAAAAUCACCUCCCAGCUCACCUCGAGCACGGCAACCAUUCAAGAUGCCAUAUCACACAAGAUUGGCUUGUUUGUCAGCGCCUGCUCCUGCUUUGUCGCCUCCUACGCCAUUGGUUUCGUCAAGCACUGGAAGCUCACCUUCAUCCUGACCUCCACCGUCGUCGCCAUCACGGGCGUCAUGAUCAUCAUGUCCGGCUUCAUGGCCAAGUUUGGAGCCAAUUCUUCCGGUGCGCUUGCAGAAGCUUCGGCAAAGCUCGAGGAAACCUUUAGCGGUAUCCGCGUCGUCAAGGCCCUUGGCUUAGAGAAACGCUUAUCCGACGAACUGGAUCCACAGCUCCUCAACAUCGAGUUCUGGGGUAAGCGAGUGAGACAUGUCAUGGGAUGGAUGUUGGCCAUCAUGUACGGUCUCAUCUUUCUCAACUAUGGAUUGGCCAUAUGGCAGGGCUAUAGGUUCAUGCAAGGCGGGACAGAAGACGUCGGUGCCAUCAUCACCGUACUCAUGUGUCUCAACAUUGGAGCGUUCUUGUUCGGCAACGUGGGGCCCCAUCUUCAGGCCAUGAGCCUCGGAGCCGCUGCCGCCCAAGACAUAUUCGCCGUCAUUGAGCGUGAGUCGGUUACGGAUGGCGGCGCGCCGCCCGGAUCAUUCGAGGUCGAAGGAAACAUUGAAUUCCGCAACGUCAGCCAUGUCUAUCCCAGCCGGCCAGACACACACGUCCUCCAGGAUUUCAGCAUGAUCUUCCCCGCUGGCAAAGUCACGGCCAUUGUCGGCGCCUCUGGUAGCGGCAAGAGUACCAUUGUCAGCAUCUUGGAGAGGUUCUACGAACCUGUCAGUGGGCAGGUCUUCCUGGACGGCCACGACAUCACCCACCUCAACGUGCAAUGGCUCAGACAGCAGUUUGGCUUGGUCGGUCAGGAGCCCGUGCUCUUCAACGGAUCCAUCUUCAAAAACGUUGCGUACGGUCUCAAAGGUACACAAUAUGGGCAAGAAUCGAGGGAGGUCACCAUGAAGCUCGUGACCGAAGCUUGCCGUAUUGCCAAUGCGCAUGACUUCAUCACUGCCCUUCCUCACGGAUAUGAUCAAGAGGUUGGCAUUCGCGGCGCUUCUCUCAGCGGCGGCCAGAGGCAGCGAAUUGCCAUUGCACGAGCCAUUGUGUCGGGUCCAAAGAUUCUCCUGCUCGACGAGGCUACCUCAGCACUCGAUGUCCAGUCCGAAGAGGCGGUCCAAUUGGGACUCAACAUGGCCUCUUCUGGUCGCACUACCAUUGUCGUCGCCCAUUCGCUGUCCACCAUCAAGCUCGCUGACAACAUCAUCGUCAUGGAAAAAGGUCGGGUCGCUCAGCAAGGAACCCAUGCCGAAUUGGAGGCUCAGGAAGGAUUGUACCAAACAUUCGUGCGCAGACAACAAUUGAAGCAAGCCACCUUGGAACCACCCCAUGCUCGCAUCACGCCCGCUGUCGAUACUCCUGCUUCCCCGCAACAUCGUCUCUCGGAGAAGACUGGCAGUAUCUAUGGACAAGGCGAAUCGGAAGCAGCCGACAAGAGUCCCUCUACAAAGUACUCGUUUGUGCAGCUCGUCAAAUUUGUUGCUAGGUUCAACAAGGAAGAUUGGCGAUUGAUGGUGACAGGAAUAGCGAGCGCCGUCAUUUCCGGUGCCGUAUGGCCGGCCCACAGUGUAUUCUUUGCCAAAGCUAUUGUCGCGCUUUCUUCUCCGUCACCUGCAUCUCUGGCUCGAGGUCCAAACUUCUGGGCUGCCAUGUACGUCAUGCUAGCUUUUGUGCAGAUCGCCAGUCAGGGAGUUCAGGGCAGUGCAUUCGCAAUCUGUGCCGAACGACUGAUACUGCGUGCUCGUCGCGUAGCUUUCAAAUACCUUCUCCGCCAGGACGUGGAGUUCUUUGACGAUCCUCUGCACUCUUCCGGCAUCAUGACCAGCUUCGUCAGCUCUGAUGUCAAUGCCCUCGCGGGAUUGAGCGGCGUCUUCCUGGGAACCCUGUUCAGUGCAACGGCAACGGUUUUGGGAGGCUUGAUUCUCUCGCUGGCCGUUGGCUGGAAAUUGACCCUGGUCACCAUGGGCACGAUUCCCAUCAUCAUCGUUGCCGGCUACCUACGACUCAAAUUGGUCGGAACUUUGGAAAAGAUUUCGCGCAAGGUACAUGAAGAAUCUGCAGGCCGCGUGUGCGAGGAAAUCAACGCUGUCAGGACCGUUGCGGCUUCUUGCCUCGAGGACGAGAUGUGUGAAGACUAUGUUCGCAGCUUGAAGUCGAAGGAAAAAACCUAUCUACGGGCAACCCUGUGGAGCUCUGGCUGGUAUGCUUUGUCGGAAGCAGUGCCGCUUGGUUGUAUGUCGCUGGGCUUCUGGUAUGGUGCUACACUAGUCAUGAGAACAGAGUACACGACCGAGCAAUUCUUCAUAGUGGUCACUGCCGUCAUCUUUGGUGCCUCAUCCGCUGGUCUCGUCUUUGCCUUUGCUCCUGAUUUUGGCAAGGCUGGCGUAUCAGCAGAGAGACUGCAAGAGCUCGUGGAUCGACAGCCCGAGGUGGAUACUUGGUCUGAAGAGGGCGAUCAUAUCGAGACGACAAACGGAAAGGUGGACGUUUCCAAUGUUGUCUUCUACUACAAUCAACGAUCGAAAACUCCUGUACUCAACUCCAUCUCACUUGGCGCCGCUCCUGGACAAUCCAUCGGCCUUUGUGGUGGGAGCGGGUCGGGUAAAAGUACUGUCGCUUCGCUCCUCGAGCGCUUUUACAAUCCCUCUUCUGGGACGGUCAGUCUGGACGAAAAGGAUGUGCGCACGAUCAACAUCAACAGCUAUCGCGCUCAGUUCGCCUUGGUCAACCAGGAACCCCUGCUCUUCUCCUGCUCUAUUCGUGAGAACCUGCUUUAUGGUUCGCUUGGCAAGGACCUUACAGACUCGGAGAUUGAAGAAGCCUGCAAGAUGGCUCAAGUCUACGACUUUGUCUGCUCAUUGCCAGAAGGGCUAGACACUUCCUUUGGAUCCAACGCGGUGAUGCUUAGUGGUGGUCAGAGGCAACGUCUCUCGAUUGCGCGCGCCAUUCUUCGCAAACCCCGUGUCUUGAUUCUCGAUGAGGCUACCUCGGCCCUUGACUCGACCUCGGAACGGGCCGUCAUUGAAGCAUUGACGAAAACAGCCGAGGGUAGAACGACAAUCAUGGUUGCGCACAGACUCAGCACGAUCCAAGGAUGCGACAAGAUCUUUUACCUCCGCGCUGGUGCGGUGGCUGAAGAAGGAACACAUGAGGAGUUGAUGGCGAAACGAGGCAGUUACUAUGACAGUGUCAACCUGCAGUCUCUGGGAUAA